UGGGAGCUUUCUAGACAAUUGGCGGCGUUAGGGUAAGAUGGUGGCCUGAAUCCUGAACCGUCACAAGGUGUCGGUUGGGCGCGAUGUCACCCGUUUUGUUUUUAAUUGUACUUUAGACGUGUCUGGAGUGUCGGCGACAUAUUUUUAAGUGGAGUUCUAUCGGAUGUAUACAAUCAUUACAUGUGUGUACAUGUUUCUUUUUUUUUGUAAGGGUUCUCUGUAAUAAAGGUAACUUAUUUACUAGUCAACUAGAUACCUGUAUGGUAGUCAUUGUUGAGUCGGCGUGUGUCCCUGUCCCUCCCAGAACUUUAAAAGUUCUGGUUUUAUUUGAAAACGCGCCCACCAUACGUCACGGUUACAACGGCCACGCCACUUGAGUAUUGGAAGUGUUAGUACAGAUCGUCUCAUUUAUAAUGUUAUAGUUAUUAGUAGCGUCUGGUAAAUAGUGCUUACUGCACUACAAUUAGAAUAAAUGUUGAAGGAAUUUUAUCGUUCAGAAUUUACUACCCGGUGAUGGCGUAUUUUAACAUUGCCGGUUGUAUCUGUUCCCAACAUUACUACAUUGGGGCGCACUUGUAACCCAAUAACACCACGUGAUUGGGAACGGCUGCCACGAACUGUGAUUCUUUUUAUUUUUUUUUUUGGGGGGGGGGGGUACUUUUUUUAUUGAUUUAUCUGGGAUUUUGAUACAAAGUUUUAUCUUUUAAAACCGGUGUUGGGGUGUUCGACUUCUCUGCCACUGACACCCUGUAUCUUUUUAGUGGCUUACAAAUACGUUAUGCUUUAGACCAGUGGUCCCCCCAAAUGGCGGUCCGUGGACCUUUGCCGGUCCCCAUAACAAAAAUAUUUAUUGUCAAAUAGAAAUAAAAGUAUAAAAAUAAAUCAUUCACCGGUCCCUGGUAGAAUUUUGAAACUUGUUCACUUGUCCGCCAAACUGAAACGUUUGGGAACCACUGCUUCAGGCAAAAAAUAGCAUACAAGACAUCGAAACCACCCACACACCCCUCAAACUAGUUCUAUUUCGAUUAAGAAUCAUGUGGCUCAUUGGUCAUGGAUGAACCAAUUGGGGGGGGGGGGGCUGUUGAUCGGUCAACAUGCUUGUUCGCCAAACAUCUGUAAACGUGUCAGAGAUUAGUAAUGGGAACAUAUUGGGGUUUUAAUAGUUGGUGGGGGGGGGGGCUAGUUUCUGUGUUUGAAUGGAGAAUACGUCUUUGCUUUAUCAUGCGAGAGGUUGGUAUACGUUCAUUCAUCCUCACCUUACGUGAGGAGAGUAUAAACAAAAAAGGGGGGGGUGUCUUACGUUGUAGAGAUUUUACCUCUUCCCAAGUAGAUUAGUAUAGGGUGUAUUAAAUUGGGUGGAGGUCGUAUUCUUGAUUGUAUUAUUACUGAUGGCGUUUCCAAAUGUUAUCCAGCACUUCGUCCAGUGAUCAGAGCCUGCCUCUUUAUAUCUGCUGUUAUUGUAAUUUCUAACCCUCUGUUAGAAUCCGAUUCCAUCGAUCAGUGGUAAUAUGGACCGUGCCUGGUUAACCCUACUCACCACAAGUCGUCUUAAGGAAGUCAUCUCGGGGCUGUUUUAAGACUGAAGGCGUUGCCUCAAUCUCAGUCAGUCCGUAUAGCAUGUACUUUUACUUUAAUAACGCAGUUUCUCAGCUUUGUGUUCUACUUAAAAUUUGAGCACCCCUUUGAAUGUGAGGCCUCCUCCCCCCCCCCCCCAUACACACACACAGGCCAAUUCUGAGACCCAUGAAAACUACUUUUAUACCAUACGUUUUGCUUUACUUAGACUUCAUUUGCUGUGUUCCAGAGCUUUGUUUGAAAAAUUUCCUUGACUUUCAAUGUCUAGUCUGUUGUCGCCACUCACUGGAAAUGACCUGGGAGUUGUGUGACCUUGGAACAUUUACGCACUUUUUUGUGUGGGGGGGGGGGCGAAUGUUCGCGUUUGUCUCAUGACGCAAUUCAUUUACGUCAUGAAUAAUGCAGCACACAAGUGGAAAUACUACCUUAUCCAGCUGGUGCCAGGGGUAGUGACAAGGUGGUUUCGGCGAAUUAGCCGUUUUCUUUCGUUUAAUGCAGUGCCCUCGUUGUUGAAUUUGGUCGGUGUUACUGGAGGGGCGGGGCUGGUGUCUUUAUGGGGAUGGUAUGGCAUCUAAGGGCUGUGGGAUGGUAUGGUAUCUAAGGGCUGUGGGAUGUUGUAAGAGAGGGUAGGCGAGUCUUUAAGAUAACAAGGAAGGUCAUGUACAACGAUGCUGAUACAAACGAGGUUUUAGUUUUGGUGUAAACGCAAAAACGCAAUGAUAAUAUUAACUAGGGGGUGUUGCGAUGCAACAAAAGAUAAUACUAACGAGUGAGGUGUGAAUGUAACAAAAGCUAAUACUAACGAGGAUGUGUUGAUGUACGGCGAGAGUCUCUCUAGUUUCCAGUCAUAGCAGUAUAUUCCAUCAAACCUUUCAAAUGAUAUGCCUUGGUAUCGUUUACGCUCGUUUUUUCCCCUUAUACUUAAAUAGAUCUAUAUCGAAUCUACCAAUACUCUAAGAAAAUGCAGGCAUCAUUACUCUACUAAGUUUUAUUCUCCAACUCGUACAUAUUGACUGUAUACGUCUAAGAACCAAUCUCACUGCCAUCCCUUUUCUUGUACACUGUACUCGUCAAUAUUGGACGACUCGUUCAGUGUGGCCUAUUACCUCGUACGUCUGUUUGAUAAGGUUUAACCUUUGCUCGCACCUGUAUACCACUAGCUGUGGCAUUCGAUUACUUUCGCUCCUUGUAUAUCGAGCAUCGGGAUCAAUAGCUCUGUAUUCUCUCCCUCUUUAGCUAACAUAUGCAAUUACAGGCUUUUAGAGCUGAAGAUGAAUUACUAAAAAUCAGCUGUCGUCGUGGGGCGGAAAGAUGGGUCAUCUCACUGUGCUAUCUAGGGUGAGUGGGCAGGGGAAAAUGGUGUUGUUUUUUUUGGGGGGGGGGCGGGGGAUACAUUUUGUCGAGGUGGUGUCUCCCAGAUACUCUUAACUUAAUGUCUAAGUGACAUUUAAUUUAUACACCGGUGCAUAGCAGGUUUCUCCGAGUACCGAACAUCAGCGGAUCUCACACCGGAUAAAACCCACUGCAGUGUUUCUCAAUAAUUUCUUGACACCGCUGCUUAAGACAUUUAAAGCCUUCUUCACCAGGUCUUAUUACUCUCAUUGGCACUCAAACUCUCGGCAUUAUAGUCCAUAGCUUUAUUUUAUCAUUACUCUUAUCAAUUUUGGUCGUGCUUACAGAAACGCUGAUGUAACUGUUUUAACUAAGAUGGCUCCAGGAGGCAGAGUCUGCGUCCCUUGUUGUAUAAUCCUUGAUUGCUGACAUGUCUUGGGUGUAUAAAUUAGAACAUGCCGUGUACGGUACAGGGAGCUUAAGUGUCAGCUUUUAUUUGCCUUUACACAUACACACACACAUAUAAUAUAUAUAUACGCAUCAGAGGUUUCCAAACUUUUUCGGGUAAAUUUAGAUACACUGUCAGAAAUUAUCACUACGGUAUAAGAGCACACACCGAAAAUAGUUUUUUGUGUGCUUGGGAGCAUUACGAAAUUAUUCAUAGCUUUGUCUUUGUAGAACACAGAUUCAAAAGUUUUCUCUCUGAAAAAAAUAGUAUUAGUUUUAAGAUUACUGUCUGCUAAUCAUGCAGUUUGGAACCAGGACUACAUAGAUUGUAAUGCCUCUAUUGGUUCCAUGUUACAUUGCUAAGUGUCUCCUCCUCAGAGACCUAGGAUUUGUGAAAGCCGGCGUUGGCUAAUUGACGCCUACCAUUUGCUCCCCCACACCACGUUGUCCGUCCCGUGCUCCGUAGAGCUCAAGUCACGCGUAGCGUCGUGUGUGACAGCGAUAUCACGUGGCGGCUCAGCUCCUGGUGAUGAAGUGUUUGGAGAUCUUUUCUUAUCUGUUAAGACAGUCUGUACACGCUGAGUGCUACCGGUAUCAUCAAUCUUUUCUUUUUGCCUGUCUAAAUAUUAUGAUAUUCAGAUGAUUUGAUAGAUCUUAUUCAGCUUAUUUUGAAGAUUGAAAUUUCGAUCCUGCGUAUCCUUGUCCAUUGUGGGAACUGAUAGAAUUUAUGAGGUGCAAAACCUCCCGUACCAGCUUGUCUCUCGUGUGCUUCAUGUUGGCAUAAUAGACCCACUUCCCGUCAACCUAUCAAGCUGACACGUGGCACAUCGACCGGUUAUUUAUCUUUUUUUCCUGCCCGUCGACAUCAUUAAGUUGUGAUUAUUACAACUGUCUGAUGUCUAACAACAUAAACUUGUGUGUUUGUUACAACUGAUUUCUGAUAGCAUGACGUUGUGAUUUUUACCUCUGUCUGAUGUCUGUCAACAUUACAUUGCGAUUGUUACCACUAUCUUAUGUCUUAACACCUUCAAGUCGAAGAUUUUGUAAGUAAUAAUUAGUUCAUUUUUUUGGUUCGCACCGCAUUUCCAGCUUUCAUUGAGUCGGUAAUAUUUAAUAGCAGUCCGCCUUUCGCAGAGCGUGUUUCUGUUCCGGUCACGUUUGCGUGCAAGUCCCUGGGAUUAUCGCAAUGUGCGUGGCUGGGAGAAAUGCUCUGUCAUUCUGAGACCGGCCAUGAUGGUCUGGCGAUAGGGUCAACUCGCCGGCAGCCUCUUCGCUGUCAGCCUUGUUUUACUCUAAUCAAUACUCCCAUGAGUCUUUGUGAUAUUAUGGAGAGAUGUAUAUUAGAAGAUAAUCUUAUGCUGAACUAUUUUCCAUCUGCCUUUUCCGUCUCCUGGAUUUAACCGAUACUUAAACCCAAUUGAUUGAAGUAGGCCACACACAAACGUAUCAAUGAUCAUUUGACAUGUCUUAAGCAGCCCAUAGUUUACAUUUUUACGGAUAUCCAUUAUUUCCACAUAUUUUUUUUCCUAAUAGGAAGACAUUCUUAUAUCCAGAAUUGUCUUGUCUGGCAUUUGGUGUUAUGAAGUACCGGAUCAGACCAUUUUUUGUAGAACCUUAAUUAAACUGCCAUAAUUACUGAUAUUAACCAAGGUUGCCUCGAUCACCCGCGAAGUGACUUGCUCUCACAUGAGAUUGGCAUUCAUGUUCAAGGUAUUCUAGUUGUUAAUCUGAGGCAGAGAUUGCGAUUGCCAGAUUAAUAUCAAACAAGUAAGGAAAAAGGAUUACGUACCCUUCUUUGAAAUCCCCGCGCAAUUAACAUUGAAUAUUGCACCACACUACGAUACUUGUUCUAAAUAUAGCCUUUUGGUCACGGGUCGCGACGUUCUUUAUUGAACUGCGCACUGUGCAAGUUCUGUCAAAAUCAUUUACGGUACAGUUUUGUGAAUGGAUUCUGUUGCUGGGAAAUCACUUCCAGUCGUGAUAUUGGAAGAAGUGUGCUAUUGGCUGUAGCUAUUCUAAUAAAGCUAUCGUUUAUUUUUGUUUUCCUUCUCUGUGAUAUACAUUGAGAGAUGCACUGGAGAUUUCACCUAUUUAAAUGUUAGUACUAGGCUUUUUUUUUUCUUCUUUUGGCCUCUGGGGUUUCCCUAAUUGCGUCCGUCUAAUUAUAGCACACCGAGACGCUCCCUAUACUUUCUGUGAUAGACAGACACACUGCGGGACUCCGUCAUGUGGAUUGGUUCACUGGAUGUACUUUGUUUACUAACGAGCAGUUCUUGGUGGCAGUGAAUAUUUUAGUGCUGAAUGGAUGUAUUGUGGCGAGGUAAGCUUAAGUCGUCGGCCCCUGCUUCUUCCUCCUCUUGAACCAGAGUCACUGACUUGGCAUAAUGGUCGUUAUUUUGUCUUUCUCCCAAGUAUUAUGUAAUAAAACAGCGUUAUUCCAUUCAAGUGACAUUCAAAGGAUGUUUUUAACAUGCAUUUGUGUGUGUGGGAGAGAGAGAGAGGGGGGGGGCUGACAACACUUGAAGUUGGUCACGUCAUGAUUAGUAGAAUUGUGCUCAUCCCACAUACUUUUUGUCACCACAUAUCAACUAUAAUGUCAACUUUUCUCUAACGGACAGCUGCUUCUCUAAAGCUGCUAGCUUGUGAGUAUUGAUCACAGUAUGUCGAUUUCCACGUAUUUCAUUGUGGGUCUACCAACCCAAUGAUCUUGUCUGGUGAAAUAACGUUAUGCCGAGGAGAGCGAAGGGGACACGUGUGUUCCAUGCUGACUAGUGGUAUGCUGUUGCUGAAACCAUCAUUAGUUUUGGGUCUAUAUUAUUGAAAGGACAUUGACGAUGAAAUGACACCGACCUUACUGACGAUGGAAUGACACCGACCUUACUGACGAUGGAAUGACACCGACCUUACUGACGAUCGAAUGACACCGACCUUACUGACGAUCGAAUGACACCGACCUUACUGACGAUCGAAUGACACCGACCUUACUGACGAUGGAAUGACAUGUUGGAGACGAGAUUUGUUUUGGGCGACUGACACAACACUGCUGAGUGUGGAUCAAUACUGGCUGGUGCUGCACUUGUGGGGGAGGGGAUGUUCAGCCGCGGCGAAGAGGAAGUGAUAAUUAAUUAGCUGUACAGCUUCUGAUAGACACGUGGUCUGAUGGCCUUGUCCAAAGAUCCCUUGACCUGCUCUCUCCCCUCCACCACUUAUAGGUGUUCUUGUGAGCCACUAUCAAGCAGGCAAACAUAUCAAGUCCUUUUCAACAGGUGAUGUAUUGUGUAAGCCUGGUAUUGAUUGCCUGGUUUGGCGCCCGUGGUAAUUUAAUUAGUUGUUGGCGUACGUAUGCUAGCUGUCGUAUAUCACUGUCUCACUAAUGGGGCCGUACGUAUGGUAGCUGAUGUAUCACUGUCUCACUAAUGGGGCCGUACGUACGGUAGCUGACUUAUCACUGCCUUACAUAUACAUUUCCGAUAUGUAAUUAAAUACAUGUUUGGUCCAAAGGCUUACGCAAGAAACAUUUUCUUUUCCCUCCUGGCCAUCACUCUCUUUUUGUUCAUACUACCAAAAUUUCGCCUCUAGAGAAGUUCGCUAGAUACUGCUAAUUGUGGUGGCGGUGAGGGUUGUCCAGGCAAUACUGAUCUCCAGCGGUCACACUUCUACCCCGCCAAAUAUAUUGACAUUAUCUCUGAUUUCUCCGUUUGUGUGACAUGAUGUAUAACCGUUUGAUAAGAUUUUCUGGUGUACAUGGAAGUAUUCAUAGGGCAAAUGGUCUUAUUUCUUAAUGUGCAUUAAAAGUCUCCCAGCACUUAAGCCGGUUGUAGAGGUGCAUAGCGUGCUAUUACCCGUGUCGUAUCUUAGUUGAGUUAUUUUAACACUAAGUACUUGGAAUGGCACGGUUUAUUCUUGCACGCCGAUAUAUUUUCCCUAUUCAGUAACAUUUGUAUGUCAUUGAUGACACGUAUGUCAUUGAUGAAGUGCUAUACCAAUCUUGUAACUAGGUAUAGUAUAAGCCAUUCCUUUUUUUUUAUAUUAAGCCAACGAUGGUGGUAUCACCAAAUUUGAUGCUUGGAAAGGCGUGGUGGCAUGGUCUCUGGAUAUCAUUCCUAUAUAACGUGUCUAUAGAACCCGACGCAGCCCCGAUUGAUGACUUAUAAUUUAUGACGGUUGUGAUAUCUACAUCCUGGCAGACUAAUUGAUCGUUUUCUCUGUGACCUUCCUUGUCACGAGAGCCGUUGAACUGGGAAAGCGAAGGUCAACCCCUCAAUUGUAAUGUAAAAGAUUGUUUGUUCCUUGAGUCUACACAGUCACCUGUCGUAUUUCUACGAUUGACUUUGAGUCAUUUGGGGUGGCUCUCUGGCUCUAUGUCUCCCUCCGUCCACCCAUCAUUUAUGGCUGAGGAAUAUUUUGCAAGUUUUACUAUAGCUGCAUCCAGUGGCGUAGCUGGGGUACGUGCCGCCCGGGGCGGGCCAAGAUUUCUGCCGCCCCUUCAUUUAAAGUAAAAGGUGAAUCCUGGGGUGGACCGCCACCUCAGCGCCCCUACUUUCGCGGCUACCUCAGCGCCCCUACUUUCUCGGCUGGCAGCAUCCCUGUCAGUGGUUCAUGGUUGAACUAACGAGUGAUAAGAGCAGUUCAUAUUGUCUGUCUCUUGUCAUUUAUUUAGGAUGUGUCUGUGCCACAAUAGUGAACCAUUUAUAGAAUACACUCUUUUAUUUGCUCCUUAUACUGUCAGCCACACAGGGCCGGCCCUAACAAUUGCGGAGCCCUAUGCGAAACGGAUUGCGCGGGGCCCAGUCUAGGUAGGGAUAAGGAUAAUAAGUGAAAAUUAAGAUUUUGGAUUAGAAACUGGGGCCUAUGAAAGUGCGGUGCCCACUGCGGCUGCAUAGGUUGCAGUGGCCUAAGGCCGGCCCUGCACCCACAUACACUUACUCCUGAGGACAGGUGAGAACAUAGCUGGUCAGACAAUGUAUCGGGGGUGAUCUCGUGCUAAAAUUUAUUACAACACACUACUGACUAGACAACCAAGACAUGUCAUACUCACUAGACUACCAAGACAUUUCAUACUGACGUGACAACCUAGACAUGUUCUACUGACUAGACACCAAGACAUUGAGGUGAAGUUCGAUAGCCGUUUUUGCCUCGCUUGCCUGCAUUCCACCCCCAACCCCCUCGCCCUGUUCUCUGUUCAUGGUUUGUUUUGGCCGUUGUCAAGGUAACUGUGCUGCAUUUUUUUUUGUUACUGUGUGGGGAUUAUAGGAGAUAGAUUGUGUUUGCCGUGAGUAAUUGGGUCAGCUUGACUUGGAUGAGUUGUAGAUUGUGUGUUGUCUGUCUGCAGCACAGGUAGUUUUUUUGUGUGCUAAAUGUCUAUUAUUGGUGCUCCGUUUGUGGGAUUAUUGUGUGAUUUUACCAGCUUAAGAUCUGUAACAAGAUGUUGACUAAAGCAGUUUUCAAUUGAAUAUUUAGCUCAGUUCUGCCAGUAAGUCCGCCAGGAACCAUUAGUUAAUGAGCAGUGGGAAGCGGAUUGAUGUCCUAAUUAGUUUUAUCCAUUUAUUCAUCUGAGUGCGUUUGUCUAUGACUUGUGUUAUCUUGUUUUAUAACACUCUGCGGUUGCACAUUUUUAAUUAUAUGUAUAUUUGUAUUUUUCUUUAUAUAUAUAUAUAUAUAUAUCAAAUAUAUAUAUUGUCAUUUUAGUAUUAGAAACUAGAAGUAAGAGAGAAAAAAUUCAAAUGUCAAUGCAAUGCGUCUGCAGUCUAUGACAUUAACUUGGAAUAAGCUUUUGUCUACUUACAUGUGGGCUGCAUAUCACACACAUUCUGCCCCCAUUUCAGAGUCUUUAAUCUGUGUGAUAUUAAUGGAGUAAUGUAUGUUAUUAAUCUUCUUGUGGGCCACGUUGAAAGAAUUUCGUUUUGUAUAGACCAUACCUCUGAAGGUUACGGCUAAGGGUAACCUUAGAACAGAGGAUUUGGUGAUGACCUGGGCCAUUUCUUUAUUGUAUGCACCUCAAGUGUAGGGCAUAGGUGUGAAAAAAUGUGUGUAAUGUGGGGGGGGGGUGCGCUAAAUGGCCCCUCCCCCUCUGUAUCAUUAUCAAAUUAAAUACCAUGUAAAUACCCUUAGGGUAUGUGUUGGUCAAGUGUAGACAUAGCAUUGUUGAAGCUGUUUUUGGAGUUAUUUUGUUUUAUGAUGUAAAAUAAAUGUAGUUGACAGUAUUUAGAAAAUAAUGGAGGAACUUAACAAAUGGCACUGUGUUCUCCAACUUUAGUGGUCUUGCAUGACUGGGUGUUUUUAUUCAAAAUGACUAUGAUCUCUGGUCCCUCAUAGGCAUACUCUCUUUAUGAAGUUCCAUCAAACUGCCAUCAUAAAGAAAGAAAGGGACAUAUGUCUAAAUAGACUUAUCUAACUGCUCAACCCCCAGCAGGUAGACUAAAUAACCUUUACAUGAUUUCUUCAAUGUAACAUGAGCUCUAACAGAAUUUCGUUAACAUUUUCAUCUCUUUGACAUUAUUUUCAUGUUCUCCUAGUACUCCUAAUUGUAUGCUGCAUGUAUUUGGGUUAAUCUUGGCUUGAAUGGCUCUGAAUUCAACUUUUUUUACGAAUGGUUUCGUAUCAGUUCCCAAAAGAGUGGUUUUGUAUGUUCCCAGAUUUGCAUCAUGCACUUCUUAGUAUUCUGCCAUGAGACUUAAUCACUUUGAAACGCUAAUCUGCGCAUUGCUAACCAUGUCAGUUAAGGCAGUGUUGUCAAGUUUUUCAAGUCGCUGCCUCUCAUAAAACAAAGCUAAUGAGUGAUGCAUUGAUUGUGUUUCAACUGAAACAUAUUUAAGCUUUGAUGACUUUGUGGAUCCUUAUUUUGGUCAUCUGUGGGGAAAGCAAUAUGUUUGGGGAGAUUCCAUUUGUUUGGCUAUAAGUUUUUGUGUGGUGCAGCAUGCAGAUGCUAGAUUGCCUUGUUUCAGCUGUAUAAGGGGCAAGGGGCAAAAACAAUGUGUUUAGGGAGAUUCCAUUUGUUUGGUUUAAGUCUGUGUGGCGCAACACACAGAUGCUAGAUUGCCUUGUUUCAGCCAUAUCAGGGUGAAAUCCAGAUAAUAGACAGCAAUAAAGUGUUGGUUCAUUUAAUGCCCUUCAGUUAAGUGAGGCAAUUACAAAGGGAACACUUUUGACAUUGCAUUUAGUAUUUAUUAACUUUUUUUAAAAUCUGUUAUGCACUUCUUGAUAAAUUUAGUUCAAUGGGAUAGCAGGAACAUGUACCUGAAAAAAUGCAACAGUGUAUUUGCUGAGUUGUUCCAUUUUUGGAACACGCCCAUAACUCAACAAUGUGAUAUAAUAGAACAUUUUUUUCCUCAGUUUAUCAUUUUUGAAAAUUAUUUUAAUGAAUCCUGUAUAAAUUUCAAGCAAAAAAAUUUUUUUUAAAAAUUACAACCUCCUGCAUAAAAGUUUAAGAAAAACAAUUUUUUUCUUUUUUAAAUUUCAGCAAGUGGCAGAUUGUCACCAAUAACAGACCUAUAAAUAUCUAGUUCAAUGCACUGAAUUUCUAAGCUCCAUAGCUCUAGUACACAGGUUCUCAACCCCCCCCCCCCCCCACACACACACACAUUUUCCCCCUCUUUUCCACACACAUUUCAUGCUGUUCAGAAAGAAGCACUGUACUUUGUGUUUGAAAAGAGAAUGUGUAGUGAAGUUCUGGGCUGAUUGUAGGCCUGCCUAUUAUUUGCUCAGUUCUGUUUGUGUAGGCCACUGGGGAUAUGGUGUUGAAGGGACAAAUUUUCCAGUGUCAUUUGUUGUGAUGUGAUUUAUUUAGUGAAGUUUUUUUUCUCAGAUAUAUGAAGUUAAAUUAGGGCCUUCUGUUCCUUUAUUUCCAAUAAAACUUUUGCUUUUGGACCUGAUUUCAGUAAGUUUCUCAUUUAAAGCAAGUCAUUUGCCCAUUAGAUUUUUCCUAUAACUUAUAUGUUUUAUUUGCAAAGCUUUUUUUUUUUAGGUCAUCUGUUUUAAGAUCAGAUUUUUAAAAAAGAAUUAACUUAUUUAACUCUUAUUCGGAGGCAAUAUAUCUGUAAAUAUUUAAUCUUUUAUACAGCAAUACAGUUGUAAUACAAGUGUGGAAAGCACACAACAGUAUUAAUGCUGACAGAAACCCACUGUAGAAGUAAAAUAAUAAUAAAAUAAUAAAAACAAAUUUACUGGAAGAGUGCAUACAGAAUAUUUUAGCUAUUCUGUCUUUGUAUGAAAUACAUUGCCAAAGUUCUGAAGGAAUCUCCCAUGUAAUAAUAGAUGUGUGCGUUUGUGUAUGUUUAUUCUGAAAACAGCUGUAUGAAACCAGCAUUGCUUAUUACUUUUACAAAACGCAAUCACUUUAUUAAAUUUAACUUAUCUUUUUAUCUUUUUUCCUCGUAGUUUUUCGGUGAGUUUGGCCACACCUUUAUGGAGUUUGUCACCAACAGUGGAGAUUACUGCCAGGCACAACACUUCCCACGCGAGGAGUAAGACCUCAGCCUGCCAAGAGAGCGGAGCGUCUUGCUAAAGUCUAAAUUAAUUGUGCACCUUGGAUUCUAUAGAUCAGUUGCUAAAGUUUACACCCCACACCUCGGUAUCCUGAUCAUACAAGAUUUUUUCACACCUCACUUGAAGGUAAUUUUAUCUGUAAGCUUCUAGCUUGAUUCAAUGUUUAAAAAAAAUAUAACAAUAAUACCAAGUGGAAUUAGUGCUUCUGCAUCUACUAUAAGUUUGAGGGUAUUAAGAUUUUUCUGAAAUAGCUCUAUAGACCAAGUAAAUAAGCCAAAAAAAUAAGCUAACGUAUAGAUCAAGCAUAUAAGUUAUCAAUGUGUAGAUACAGCUUAUAAUCUAAAAAUAUGUAGAUUAAUUUAAUGUUUAGGUAUAGCUAAAAAUAUGUAGACCUACCUUGUAAUCUAAAGAAAUGUGAAAAAUUCUUCUCUGGUAUUUAUCAGGAUGUUAAUUUUUUUUAAACAUUAGAGAAUUAUUUGAUUAAGAAAUUAAUAUCUAGUAAUGUUUUCUGUGUUUUUAUCUAAACUCCUAUUCUGCCAAUUGCUUGAAUUUACUAUUCUCCUGUUGUUUACUUUUAGGUGUGUCAUCGAGUUCCGGUACUUUUGUUUGUUUACAUGAAAAGAACUUCACAACUCAGUUGUCUCAUCCACCACAGUGACUAACUGUACUUUGCCAUUUCUGAGUUGGAGGACACACAUUGAAGAUUCACCCCCUGUUCUUGUCGCACACUUUCACCAACAGCCCUUGGUCCAGACUGGCCCAGGGUUACAUUGCCAAAUCAGAGAGGUUCUACGUCAUACCUUACUCUCCAACGUCGCUAUUUUAAUGGGGUAGACUUACUGGCAUUUCGGCUCUCCCCUCCCCCACAGUCAAGCAGAUUAACUGCCUGUUAAUAAUACUGCCAUUUUGUGACCACAGCUGACCAUUUGUGCAGGAUUGAACUCAACUCUCAAUUCAAGACCUUUGGAAUAACAUUAAUUAUAUUAUUAUUAUUUUUCAAGUAGAAACAGAAAGUAAAAAAUUCAAGUGUAAUCAUGGAAGCUUUGAAGUAAGCAUCUGAGCAGUUUUGUUUGCAGUUCGUGUUAAGUUUAAAAGUUCGAUUUUUGAAACGGAAUUAGUCAAUCCCAACUGUCUUUCAGAAAAGCUCUCCCCAUUUGAGGGAAAAAGGUUUGGAAGUAGAAGAGUAUUAAUAAAAGAAUUGAAGAGUAUUAAUAAAAGAAAAAGUAAAGUGACAUACUUGACUGUCCAACUACUCAAUUUUAAAAAAAAAAAUUUGAGUGAAAAUUCUGGAAGGAUUUCAUCAAUCUUAUUCUACGACAAUCAUAGGGUAAACUCAUAUACCUUUUUAAAGUUAACUGUUGCGUUCCUACUUUGAUCAGUGAUUCCAUCCUCUUUUUUUUUUAAAUUCCAGGAUUGUUGCUCAUUUUUUUAAUCAAGUGUCAAAAAAAAAAAUUGUGGCAUUGUGAACACUUGGAUACAAUUGUGAAGUAUUACCAUUACCUCAUUUAUUUUAGAGAAAAAAAAAGUAUUAUCACAAAUUAGCGUUGUUUUGUGGAGUAAGUAACCUACCCUAGUACCUGGAACUUAAGUGCUUCAACAUUUAACAGUGAUUACCUGUGUGACAGACUCAACCCGUGUUCUUCCACACUGAAAAUUGUGUUUGUGUGUGCUAGUGGUUACAUUCUCCUCUGGACUAAAAGCUAUAUUCCUGGGAAGUUACAGAGGCUGUGUGUUUUUAUUUAUCUUUUUCUUUCCAAAAGAGGAAAGAGUUUCAGUAAGAUUUGGUCGAGCCACGAAUGCGAGCUGCCUUUAACAGCAUCCAUGAUGAAAGCACGCAGGCCAGAACCCGCGGAGAUCUGCUUCAAGAACAUGAGAUUCCUCAUUACAGAUCGGCCAACAGAUGCCAAUCUUGACAAGUUCUUGCAGGUAAAAUAGUUGUUUAGUCUAUAGAAUUGUUUACAAUUGUUCCAAAUACAGGUAGCUUUUUAGCAUUAAAUUUAUUUAAAUGUAAACCUACAUUGCAUUUUUACAAAUAUUUUAAAUAUUAUUCAAGGUUGAUUGUACAGUCAGCGUUAGCGAAAGUAUGCGGGAUUAGAAAUUUUCAUCUGCAGCAAAAUCAUCUCCUUGGAUAACACCUAAAAUGUUUUCUUCAGUGGAAGCUGCUUUGACGCCAUUGCUAAUAAGCAGCAGGGCCUUGACCUGGUGCCCAUCACACUGUCUAAUAUUUAUUUAAAUAGAAGCCCAACAGGAAUCAUCAAUCCUGACCGAAAUAUGUAGAAUAGAUAAAUGGGAAGGAAUAGUGGGGGGGUACUAAGAUUUAAUUAACUUUUUUUAAGCCCUAGUAAACAUGGAGUAAAACAUUCUUUUCAGUUAAGAUUUUUUUUUUUUUUAUUCAUAUGGUACAAAAUCUCAGAGCUGACCUUUCUUGACUGCUUUGAGUGUUCAUGUGUUCAUCGGUGCAUUAUUUGAGGUUCUGUUUAAUUUGUCAAUUUGUUGUGUUAUGAUUUUUUUUCUUUUCAUUUUUAAUAACAUAAUUUUAAUUUGUGAUCCAGGAGCUUCAGAAACAUGGUGUUAAAGAUGUUGUACGUGUAUGUGAGCCCACCUACAGCAAAGAGAAACUUGGAGAGAAUGGAAUAAGAGUUAUGGUAAAUACAAAUGAUUUUAAAUAAUCUGUUUUAGCUUCACGAAGCAAGCCUGUGCAUAUGCCCUGACCGUAAACUAUUAUGAAGUUCUGGUAUACUAUUGUACUUCCUUGAUACUCCCUUUUUAUCAACAAUCUUAUAAAUUAAAGUUUUAUUUCCAAUUUAUUUACUUCCUGAAUCUAUAGAUUUUGGGGCCAUGUAUAUUUUUAGACUGUUUAAUACAUGCUAAAUGAUAUGGUUUUUUCCUUUAUUUAUACUUGGAUUUAUCCUUUUCUGAGAAAUGAAUAUGAUUUAUCCUCAGUACGCCUUGUCAUUCUUAUAUGUAGAUCGUUGUCAUUCUUUUAUGUAGAUCAUUUUAUAUUGGAAUCUAUGGAGAUCUUAAUGUUUAAUAUAUAUUAGUAUUAGGGUUUCCCCUUUUAAGUAAAUAAGCCAAUUACCAAUUAUUCACAGCUAUUUUGGGCAUUGGGAUCCUCGGCAAAGCUACUUCAAAUUGAUCAGUGAAGGCUGAACAGGCUGAGAAGCUUGUCACUUUCAUCAAGCAGUUUCCAGAAAGUUCAUGCAUAGAACAUUAUAUUUUGAAAUGAUAUUUUGGGGAUACAAGGAUUUGAAGGAAAAAAAUAGAUUUUGAAAAAUAAAUCUCUUUAUAUUCUGAAAAAGGACCAUCUUUUCUAAUAUAGUACUAAGGGAAGCUCCCCCUCUCUCAUAUGGGCUAGGCAUUUCCAUCUAGAAAAGUGGAUUGCGUCUUGUAAACAUCCAUUUUGUCUGUGGUUUAUACAGAAUACCCCUUUUGUAAUUACAAAGACAUCCUUUGUUCUGCCAAAAAGGGGCAUCUCUCUCUGAAAUAAUCCAAAGAAUUCUGCUCAUGUCCCUCUCAAUUAUUGGCUAUGCCUUUGGGAACAUGAAAUGUAUUGAUACCCUAGUUACAACCCCAAUAAAAUACACAAACAUCUCAAUUUUAUAUCUAAUACAGCCAUUGGUGCAGCCCUUGUUUAUAUGGAACAGUGCUUUAGUGAAUGACUGUUACCUUGUAUGAAAGUAGUGUAAUGUUUGGCCAAGUGUUAUCCUUGGUUUCUACCUUAAAAGACAUGAAAUUGUUUUUCUUACCAUAUAGGAUUAUUGUUUUUCUCACUCUAUAGGACUGGGAAUUUGAUGAUGGCAGUCCACCUCCACCAGAAAUCGUACAAGACUGGUUUAAUCUACUCAAAUCUCGCUUCACUGAAGACCCUGGCUGUUGUGUGGCUGUACAUUGUGUAGCGGGGCUUGGGAGGUAAGUUUUUAUUUAGUUCUUGUCUGAAUGCCAUACUGCUCAAAAACUUUAUGUGCUUUUGGUAUGUUGUUUUAACUGUUUACAUAAACAAUACAUUUCUAGACAAUUCCAUCAUUAGAAGGCAGUAAUUAAUUUUUAGUAAUUUCAUAUAUAUUUUUUUUCUUAUUCAUUCUGAGUCAUUUCCAUCUCUGGAUGUCUUCAAUUCAUUUCAAGAAAUAUAUAUUUAAAAAAAAAAAUUCCAGUCACUUCAAUAGUGGCAAAAAUAGUUGUUCUAAUAGUCAAUAAAUGAUAAAAGUAUUUUUGGGGACACUUGUUAGUUAUACAUAAGCACCUGAGCUUAUAUAAUAAUCAUUCAAUUUUACAGGGCUCCAGUUCUAGUUGCGUUGGCCCUUAUGGAAGCAGGUCUUAAGUAUGAAGAUGCUGUAGAGAUGAUACGAGAGUAAGUUUUUCAUCUGUUAUCAGCCAAGGUCUAAUUACCUAUCAAAAACUAAUUAAACCUCUAUAAAUGAAUGUACAGUUCUAAGUCGAAAUGGAGCAGUGUUUGAGGCUAGCUUAAAAAUUAAACCUUUUUAGAAUUAAAAUAACUUUUUAGCUUUAUAUGAUUAUAUAUGAGCUAUCCCUGUUGAAUUCAAAAGAAUAUUUUUUCAAGAUAUUAAUGCAAGUUAUCUAGAGAAAAGCUGCAGUCAUUGGUAUUGACCGUUUAUGCUUGUCACUUUCCAGAAAACGUCGUGGUGCUAUCAACACAAAGCAGUUGGCUUAUCUAGAACACUAUCGUGCUAAGUCGAGGCUGAGAUUGAAGAAUGGACGUAAUGGAAGUAGCCAUCAUGGCUGUAGUAUCCUGUGAAAUAAUUGCCUGGGUGGUUGACUGUGAUCAGGAGACCCUUCCUUUUUGGAUGUAUAUUCCAUAACUUUUUGGUUUUAAUUCUGGGCAAAUGUUCUCCUUUGAAAUAUGAAAUGAUAUUUUUUUAAAAAAUGUUUUAGUGGAAAAUUUUAAUAGGCUAUGUCAUAAGGCAGGGGUCGGGAACCUAUGGUUCGCGAGCCAGAUGUGGCUCUAUUGAUGGCUGCAUCUGGCUCGCAGACAAAUGUUCAAAUAUAAAAAAAGUCGCAGAAAUGGUAAGAAAUACUCAUUAUUGAUUAGCAACAGCAUAACAAUGUUAUUAAAAAGAAUUCAGAGACAUAAUUAUUGCAUUUUUAGUGUUGAAAUACACAAAAUGCACACAUUUACUGGAAUUUUUAGUUUUAAACAUAAUGUAUGGCUCUCACAGAAUUACUUUUCAAAAUAUGUAGUGUCCAUGGCUCUCCCGACCCCUGUCAUAAGGCUUUCUUCUUUCUGUUUUUAUAUUCUUUUCUCAGUCCAGAAGGAAUCACUAGCAGCAUUUGAUAGCUCAUUUUCAAGGCAGUGGUGGUUGACUAAAUUGAGUCAGUGUAAUAAAUGCUCUCUCGCUUGGCUUAUAGAUUAGCAAGAAAUGACAAAAAUGAAGAAAUUUACUAUGUUUAGCUUCUGGUUAGUUAUUGCGAUUAGCUUUCAGUUCCAAGAAAUUUUCCACCCUUCCCAUUUUUUGCUUGUUUGUUGGAACCAGACAGUUAUGUUGUUGUUUUUUUUUUGUUUGUUUUUUUGUUUUUUUUACCUGCCAAAGUCAUGUCGUUACAUUCAUCUCCAUUUGAAACAUGGUGUCAUACCUCGAGUAAUGUUUUAGUUUUUUUUUAUCCAUUUUCAAACAUGAUGGGAAAGACUCUAACUCUAGCAUACACUUAUUCUAGAUCCGCAGGUUACUAUUUAUAGAAUGAAUUGAAGACAGUUUUAAUUUUGUGAUGUCAUCUCUAUGUUUCAUUGAUACAGCAGAAUUACUUUAAAAUGCUGCUAAUGUGGCAAUGACAAGUCCAGCACAACUCUCAUUUAAUUGUACAUACAAGAUCUGGAACCUAUUUUAAGUCUGGAGAUUAGGUCAAAAAAGGACCUCGUAGCAUUUAACAUCAUUUCAGUAUGUUUUCAAGCUUAUCUUAAGACAUGAAGCCAUCAGGCUUCUGCAUUUUAACAACAAAUGUGGACUCUUUUUUUAUCCCACUGCUUGCACAAUGUUCUUUUUAAGAAUAGUUUCUAUUUUAUAAGGCAGUUAUUUUUGUAUACAGUCUCAAUGAAGAUAUAAUCAAAUAACAAGAUCUUAAUUAAUUAGAUAAAUACAACUUGUAGAAAGUGUUUGUGCCUUGUAUUGUGACUACAGAUGACAGCUGCUUUCUUGAGACUGGAGGACUGUGUGCAUAUUAGAAUAGUACUACUUCGGUUACAUGUAGCGGACUUAGAAAAAACAUGCUACAUGUACAUUUAAAAUAACAAGUCGAGAUGCUUGAUAAGCAUUAUGUGCUGCAUUUGAUAGCUGUUUCUUUGUUGUUCAGAAAUACUGUGCACAGUGGGAAGAAACUGUAUGAGGACCGGAAUAUUGGGGGCACAUGAUGUAUGAAUUAAGUCAGGAAUACGGUGCACUGUAGAAACAUGACCCUAUGCUAAUCUUAGUUUGAUUACAAUAUUAAUAGCUCACAUAAAGAAUUACCUAAUAAGAGCAUAAAUUGUGAUGCAACUUUUAUUUUCUUAGUUUCACUCACGCUAUAAAAAAACUAAAUGGAGCAUAAAGAAGUGUAUAUAAAGUAAAAGUUAAAUGAGUGAAUCAGUUCUGUUCAGUUAAACCAUUUAGGUUUUUGUUUGUGUGGUUCAGCUCUGGAGAUAACCUUGGUGAUUGGCUCUUGCUUAAUAUUGCAAAUUUAAAAGAGUUAGCCUGGUAAAUGCUACAAUAAAAUCCAUUUGUGAUAUAGUUUUAAAUAGUAUUACUAAUGUUUUGUCAAUUGUAUUAUGGUAAAUUGUUUUGAAUAUUUACUGUCAAAAAAUAUUAGUUUUAGCACUUAAUAUUUGUAUCAAGAUUGACUUAAUCAAAAGAACUUAACAAUUUUGAGUAACAAAAACAAUAGCACUGAAAGAUCCGAAUUGAAUUAGAAAUUUGACAUGGAAAAUUUGAUGUAAACAAUUAAUUUUUCAAUAUUUGAAUAAUAUUUCACUACCCAUUUCCUGUAAAGUAUGUAAAUAAGAAAGACCAGAGACUGUUCCCUUUACCAUUUAAGUUUUUUCUGCUAUGAAAUGUUUGAAGAAUCUAAAACAAUUUCCAUAGUAUCUGAGAUUGAGUUAUGUCUCAUUCUUUACACUUCAGAAGGAAAAAACAACUGUUUAGCUUCGCACACUAUGAAAUACAAGAAUAAUAUCCAGCAGAGAAUGUCCACCCUUUUGAGCCUUAGAACAGAUUUAGUUUUUAUUUUAAUUAUUAGCCUUUUUUUUUUCUAUUUUCAAUAAGUUUUUUUAAAUAUAAAAAAAGCAUUUUACUUUGAGCACCAAUCACAUAACUAUUGUCUUGUCUAUGUAUGCAUUUGGAAUGCUUCAAGAUAUCACCGUUUUAGGGCGUGUAUUAUCUAUAUAUUUCUGAGUGGAAUUUAUGCUGUCAGAAGUGAUUUGUAUGUUGGUCUCCGUUUUUAUAUGUGAGCGAUUGUCCAAGUGAAAAGUUGACCUGGCUAGUGAUAAAGAACACAUUCUGAAUGUCCAUUAGGCAUAUGAGAAGUUUUCUUCACAAUCACAAAAUUAUCACCUAUCAUAAGUUAUUUACAUUGGGAGAUUUUUUUUUUGCUUUCUACAUUUUUGACAUUAAUUUUGCAUGUGUAAAUAUUGUUAAGGAAUUUUUAGAUGCAAGGAAACACAUUGUAAUAUAAUAAGUUAUUUUAAUGUAUUCAAAUAAAAUUAACUUAAAAUUUGUUUUUUUAAAAUUGAUAUUAUAUAAUAAAUAAUGAAAAGAAAUAGUAGCUAUCUCUCCCUCCUC